AUGAAUCCAAAUAUUUUAUGAUUUAAACAUUGAACAAAAUUAUUUUGAUCGUCAUUCUUGACUAUUAAUAGCUAACGAAUAAUCAAUAUAUAUACAUUAUUAUGGAUGAAGUGAUUUCUUUCAUUGGUGGUGCACGACGUAAUCGACCAAAUCGUGGUGGUGGUGGUGGCGGUGGUAUAGUAGUAGGAAUAACAACGACAGGAAAUAAUUAUGGUGGUGAAUGUGUUUAUGCUAUUGGUACAGAAUUAGGUUCAAUCUAUGUUAUAUCUGAACGUGGUAUAUUAUUACGUAAAGCUAAUGUAAAUGGCCAUUCAGAUAAUCCUAUAGCACAGACAGAAUCAAUACGAACAUUGACAGGAUUUGUACGAACAAAUCCAACAUUUAUUACUAUACGUUUGAUUGGUAGCCAUGCCAAUGUUGAUCUAAUGUAUUGUCAUCGUAAUAUACAAAAAGUUACCGGUAAUUUAUGUCGAAAGAUAAUAUUAUUAGGAAAUACCUGUAUACUUUUUGGUGGUAAUAUACAAUCUGAAUUGUCAAUCAAUACAACAACAACAAACGUAAAUGAAAUUGAACGUUGUCCACCAUUUGCCGAUGCACAAUGUUUGGAUUUGGAUCAUCAAGAUGAAAUUGAAUUAUCGAAUGGUGGUCAUUGUGCCAUACGUGUCAGUAGUAAUCGACAUUACAUUUAUAUGGAUCCUAAAGUAUUUCGUGAUUGUGUUACAUAUCAAACUAAACGAUCAGAAUCAUAUAGAAAAUUGGCAAAGAUUCUGGAACAAUUUCGAUAAGAUAAAAGAAUAAAAACUAAAAAACCAAAAAUAAAAUCGUUAUCUGUGCUGUGCUGUGUGUG